GCCAUGUAGGUGAGAGGCUCGUCUACUAGGAAGUUGUUUCGGUGGCAAGGUGCGAACAUGCCUUCAAAUCGAAGUCAGGUCAGGCGGCGUUUACAUUAGGACACAUCCAAUAACCAGAAAAGAAACACAGCCAGAAAGCAAUCAUGAGCGUAGGAAUGUGGGUGACUGGGGCGUUUCCAUGUGUUUUGGCCAUUCAUCGGUUGUUCAGGAGCCUUACAGCGGAGGGGAAGAAGCUGUUUUUGUGGCGUGAGGUUCUAGUCUGGAAGGACCGGAACUUCCUCCCUGAAAUUAGGGUUUCUAAAGGGCCAUUCCCAUCUGUACCGGGUCGGCCCGGGCCGGGUAGCCCCAGUCGGCCCCAGCCUGGCCCGGUUGAUUCCACACAUCCUUGUCUUAAGCCCAUGUGGGCUGAUUCUACCCACCAAUCAGAGGCUUGCUCUAAUGGAAGGUGUGAAUUUGCUGUCAGCAGUGGGUGUGUUGGCCCUGGUCGGCCUGAAGCAGACCCCCUGAGAAUGAGCCUUGGUUGGCCCGGAAAAAUACCAGGCCACCCAGAUAUGUAAACAACCUACGCUACCCGGCCCGGGCCGACCCGGUACAGAUGGGAAUGGCCCAUAACAGUCCAUGACCAGGGCUGUUAUCCGACCUGCACGUUUCAGAACCCUGGAGUUGUACAGGUCGUACGGAUGGAAGGCCGCAUCCGAUUAUUUUCUCCCCUGAGCGAGCUGCCCGUUGCAGUCUUUGUCCCUGGCAGCGGCUCCUGCGUGGCGAGUACUGAUUCGAUGAGGGCCGUGUAGAACUGGAUCAUCGUGGCUGGCAUGCAGAGCUUCCUCAGCUGAUGCAGAAAGAACAUCCUUUGCUGGGCCUUCCUGAUGAGGGUGUUGAUGGACACCUCCCACUUGAGUUUAUGGGUGAUGGUGGACCCGAGGAAGCGAAAGGAGUUCACGGUUUAAAUCUGCUUGCCUGUCAGGGUUAUGCUGGGCAGUGGAGCCGGUGUUCUCCUGAAGUCUACAAUCAUCUCCGUCUUCUGCUUGUUCAGCUAAAGGUUGUCUGAUCGGUGUGACCUGCCCAACAUCGUCACUGCUUCCCGUUCUCCAAGAUCAUCAUCAGCUCGCGUAGGCCUCACCGCCGCGGGGACCGGAGCUUUUAGUCGUUCUGCUCCUCGGCUCUGGAAGCCGCCUCCUGCUAUCAUUAGAAACAUCGACUCUUACUUCAAGACCCAGCUCUAAACACAUUAGACGGGUUUUGGAUAAAGACCGACUUUAGCACAUAUGCUCUGCUUUUACUCUUCGUUGCUGUAUUAAUGUUUAUUUUUAUGCUCUUUCGGUUUUAUUCUGAAAGGUGACCUUUGGUUUUAGAAAGGCGCCUUUAAAACUGCAAAAGCUAAUUUACAGAACAAGCUUUUAAAGACGGAACUUGCACCCCUCCCGUUGGCUAUCGUCCCUGGGACACAUCCGCCAGAACUGGACCCCGCAUUACCAGAGGAGACGAAAUGGCACUAAACACCAGUCGUCGUUUUUUAAGGCCCAAACGUCGUUUGUUGUCUGUGACUUCAACUGGUGCUUUUCUUUUUGGGACUCUGGUAGUUUGUCCUAAAGCUGAAGUGGUAGCAGCCGGCUGUUUCUCCUUCUCUGACGUUACUGAGCAGAGAACCUCUCACACCGGUGGUGUUCUGCUGCUAAGGGAGUGUGUGAUGAGUGGAGGACCCAGGGAAGUUGGGCAGGACGGUCCGAUGCAUUCCUGGUAUGAGCUAAUCUCUACAAACCACCUGCAGCUAUGCUGCUUGUUCUGUUGAGUUGCAGCUUUAAAUAAAACAAGUUAUUUAUGUUAUUAACCAAUCCUGGUCCUCCAGGACCCCCACCUCGCCUGUUGUAGUUGUUUCUCUGCUUAAUCACACCUGAUUAUAAUCAGCAGGUGAUCAACAGGUUGAACAGUCAGCGGGUCAGGUGUGUUGGAGCAGAGAAACAACUACAACAGGAUGGAUAAUGGCUUUCUAGGAAAAGGCUUAAACCAGGAGUAUUCGGUUCUGGUCCUGGAGGGCCGGUAUCCAGCAUGUUUUAGUGGUUUCUCUGCUCCACCUGAUUCAGUGGUUAACUCACCUGUGCAGCAGCUCACCAGAGGCCUGUUAAUCACCUGCUGAUUGAAGUCAGGUGUGUUGAAGCCGGGUUAAAACUAAAAUGUGAUGGAUACCAAAGCCAUUACCCCAGGCUUAAACCCUGGAGCUGACUGAUGAAGCACAGGUGAGCCUGUCUGUCAUAUUUUAGCUCCGCCUACCAGGAACAAACGGCUAGUUUGGUACAAACAUUGGUACAAAUGACAAGAAUAAAGAGAAGCUUCAGUGGUGACUGGACCAGAGGAGCCUGGCCUUCUGCUGGGAGCUCGUCACCAUCAGGGUCCAGAGGAGCAUUUGAGAGAAGUGGAGGCAAGGGGGCUUAUCCUGGAGAAAGUCCAGGUGCACCAGGCCGAGAGAGGAAGAAGAGGAGUAGUCGGAGGGGCAACGCUGGGCUAAGGUCACCAGAGGCCAAGGAGAGACGAGAGUGGCAGACUGGACAGCCAGAAGAGCCUGCCGGAGAUGAUGUAAUCUCAAGGAGAAGAGGAAACACGUGACUAGAUGCUAAGCUCCAGCAGCAGGAUGGGGGUGUUGCCAUGGAGAUGCAACCCCCUGAAGAACGCAGAGGGGAGGAGGGACAGAGUGUGAAGAGAGUUUGAUGGGAUGAGUGAGAGUGAGUCAUGGACUGAGCUUUUUGGAGGGGGCUUGAUGAGUGGAGGUUGAGCUGGGCUUCCUUGCAGAAGAGUUUGUGAUUGUGUCUGUGUGACCCGCUGCGACGGGAUUUUCAUCUCUAUCGGUUUGUGGAAUAAAAUCUGUUUCUCACUGCGAGGAACUUCAAACGA